AUGGCAGACGCGCGCACGUGGCCGCUGCAGGUGGACGUGGGCGGAGCGGCGCCCUGGGUGGCGACGGCGCUGGUGCUGCUGGUGCUGGCUGGUGCGGCGACGCCCGCGGUGGCGCAGGCGCAGAGGGGCGCGUUCUUCCGAGACCGCCUCAGGUACAAGCCCUACACGGGGCUGCUCGUCGACCCCGACUCCAGCCGGCAGGUGUACGUGCACGACCAGACCGUCGCCGUGGUGGAGCUGGGCCCCAGGCAAAUCCUGCUCAAUUGCGAGCUCAUCGAAGUGCCUUUCUUGGUGUCUUAA